GUAGACACCACACACACACAUACACACACUUGGAGGUGAAAGCUUUUGACACACAACAUGUCAAAGAACCUGAGAAUAACGUUGAUCUUCGGAGGGUUCGUGACGGCGGUGGCUGCCGCGUUUUACCCGAUCUUCUUCUACCCGCUCCAUCACAAGGAGGAAUACAGAGUCGUGCAGAAGACAAACCGGACGGGAAUCAACCAGGAGGAUAUUCAACCUGUGGGUGUGAAGAUGUGGUCGGAUCCGUUCAAACCUGGAGACAAAUGAAGAGAAGCCACAGCCGAGCUUCACGACUUCCAGAAACUGAUGCUGAUGACGAAAACGCCUUUUGUGAUGAGUGCUUGGUGUGAGCGUGAGUGAAUGAAUGAUUUCCAGAAUGUGUUUGGUUUGUUUGAGUGAUUCUUUAAUCCUAUAAAUAAAAUGUAAAGUUCUAAAAGCGUAAA